AUGCUCUCCAGAGCGAUUCGAAGUGGGCAGGUUCUUUCUCCCCAGUGUCGGUUGGAGGCGGCAGGUCCGGACGUUCACUGUGACUAUGAUGUGGCCGUUCCUAUGAAAGAAGGCUACUCACUCACAGCGAAUGUGUUUCGGUCCAGGGCAAGAAUGCAAGCCGGUGGCCCAGAUCCGGUGGUCAUGUGCGCGCACAUCUAUGAUAACCACAUCACACCAGCGCUCAAUCGAACGCCUUUGGGUGGACCGCCGCAACAGUACAGACUGAUUCCACAAGGCGUCCCCUAUCCGACGUUUUCUGAAUUGACGAGCUGGGAGUCUCCUGACCCAAACUUCUGGGUGGCCGCGGGCUACACGCUGGUGAACCUGAAUCUGCCCGGCUACGCCAACUGCGGUGGUGCCGCCAGAAUCAUUUCGACGAAGCAGGGUCGUGACUAUCGCGAGGCAAUCGAAUGGGUCGGCCGGCAGGAUUGGUGCACAGGCUCGGUGGGUCUGCUUGGUGUCAGCUACCUGGCCAUCAGUCAGUACUUUGCGGCCGUGGAAGGCUUUUCCAAGGAAGCCUCUGCUCUGAAAUGUAUGGUGCCGUGGGAAGGUCUGACGGAUAUGUACCGUGACGUGGCGUGCCCAGGAGGAGUCAACGGGACUGGCUUUCUUAACUUCUGGUGGAAUACCGAGGUAAAGGAGGCUCUGAAUCAAAGCGUCGCGGAGUUCAUUGCCAACGAAGAUGACAUACCUCCUGAGUUGAUAAGCAAGCACCCACUGAUGGAUCAGUAUUGGGCGGACAAGGCGGUGCAGCUCGAGAGAAUUGAUAUACCGAUGCUCGUAUGCGGGUCCUUCUCGGAUCACGAGCUGCAUACGCGAGGCUCUCACCGGGCGUACAGUCGCGUGAGCUCAAAAAAGAAGUGGCUCUACACUCACAGAGGUGGUAAGUGGUCUGAGUUUUACUCCCCGUCUGCGCAGGAGCUUGUCAAGGAUUUCAUGGACCAUUUUCUGAAAGGUGCAUCGAACCGCUUUGAGUUUUUGCCACCUGUGCGCCUUGAGAUCCGGAGUAGCCGUGAAGAGGUGCGCGAUGUCAGGUGGGAGAAUGAGUGGCCUUUGGCCAGGACUGCCUACAAGUUCUUGCACUUGAGCGAGCAGGGUCUCGCCCCUGAGGCGCCAGCCGAGUAUGAGCUCUGCUAUGACGGUCAGCAAGGCAAGGCAGAGUUCGAAUACACCUUCACACAGGACACCGAAGUCAGCGGUUUCAUGAACUUGCGUCUAUGGGUCGAGGCACGCCCAUCUUCCACACACCCUGCCUGUCCGGAUGACAUCAUACUCUGCGUGGUCGUAGACAAACUCGAUAGUGACGGCCAGCAGGUGCGGUUCAACGGAACUGUUGGCAUCCAGGAUGAUGUGGUCAGUCGAGGCUACCUGCGGGUCUCACGCCGAGAAAUCGAUGAAAGCAUCUCGACGGACUGGUGGAAGGAGCCGAAGGGCAGCCUAGUUCAGCCACUCAAGAGUGGAGAGAUUGUCCCUGUUGAGAUCACAUUGUGCCCCACGGCUACUUUCUUCCGUGCCGGUGAGGGCAUGCGCCUGGUGGUUUCAUCCUACGAAACCUGCCCGUCGCCCAUCUUCACAAAGGAUCUCAGCAGCAACAGAGGGCUCCAUGGCCGGCGCCCGGUCGCGCAGCUCAAGGGCCCAGAGCGGUUUUUCUAUGACAAGGCCAGCUACACAGGCACUCACAAGCACGGAGGCCCCUCGGUCAUGGGCAACGGCCUCCCGAAACAGGGCUACGAGGACCUCAGUGAGCUCGUCCGUCGAGACCAUGUUCAGGACGACGAGCUCCACCGGCAGCAGCGCUUACAGGGUGCGUACAUGCAGGACGAGUACGGCAACUUUGUCCAAGUGGCGGAUGAUGGCCGGGUGAUGAAGGAGGCGUCCUCGCCUGGCCAGGGUGCGAGGGCAUCUGCGGCGCACCACUCGGCGGAGCUCCCAACCCUUCUGGGCUCUCCAAGACGUCGCGGCGCGAACGCGCCGGCGCAGUUCCAGCAGGUAGAGGUCUCUGUGAAGCAGGCGCCGCAGUAUGAGGCGUGGCCGAUGGCUUCAGGGCAUCCGGUAGCGCACAAAGUGCUCCGGACGGAGAGUGCUGGCUGGAGUGCAUCAGUGCCAGGUGUGCCCGGCGCGGUGGUGUCCCCGCAGCUCACCCCGCAGGUGCAGUACCGCACGCCUGCGCAGCAGCCUCUCUCAAGGACGGUGCAGCAUAUCCCGACGGCCACGAGCCCUGCCUGGUACUCUGCCGGCUACUCCGCGGGCUACGUGCAGGUGCCGAGUGCUCACAUGCCUAUGCCGGUUACGACGGCCAUGAGGUGA